AUGUAAAAAGGAUUAUUAACAAUAUUAGCCCUAACAUUGUUGGCAGGUACAACACUAUUGAACAACUCUUAAAGUAUGGAAUCAACAUCCUUCUUGGAGGACAAAUUAAUGAAGGAGUACUAAGUGUGGUAAUAGGAACAUGGAAAAAGAUACUCUUCAUUUGAAAACACACACAGAUUUGGAAUUUUCAAACAAAAUUAUGCUUAUGUCCAAGAACACUAAAAAAGAUUUGAGGCUGGCUUAGAAACUUAUGAACUUGGUAUGAAUGUCUUCGCUGAUAUCUCUUCUGAAGAGUUCGAAGCAAAAUACUUAAACUUCAAACCAUCUGAUAAAUAACAACCUGAUUAAGUCUUCAGAGCACAAGGAAUAUAAAUCCCAGAAAGUGUUGAUUUGAGAAAUGAUGGAGUAGUAGGUCCAGUCUAAAAUCAAGGAAGUUGUGGAUCAUGUUGGGCAUUCUCCGCUGUUGGUGCUUUGGAAACUGCUGUGAGAUAAAGUGGAGCAAAAGACGUAGAAUUAUCUGAAUAAGAACUCGUUGAUUGUGUCAGAGGAGAUUAUGAGAGUGAUGGUUGCAAUGGUGGUUUUAUGUUCGAAAGUUUUGAUUAUGCCACAAAGAAUGGAAUUGCUCUUAAAUCAGAAUAUCCUUAUGUUGCUGUUGCCUAAGAGUGCUAAGCUAAAAAGACUAAAACCAGAUUUUAAUUCAAUGGAUAUGUUGAAGUUGAAUCACUCAAUUCCAAAGCCUAUCUUGAAGCUGCAUCUUAACAUGCUCUCUCUGUUGGUGUCAAUGCAAAAGGAAUCAAUUUCUAACUUUACAGAAAGGGUAUCUUUUCAUCAGUAUGCGAUGGAAAAAUUGAAUCACUUAAUCAUGCAAUUCUCAAUGUUGGAUAUGCAUCAGAUUAUUAUUUACUUAAGAAUUCAUGGGGACUUUCUUGGGGAGAAGCUGGAUUUAUCAGAUUUGCAAGAAUUGCAGAUAAAACUGGAUAAUGCGGAGUUCAUUAGGAUGUCACCUAUCCAAUCUACAAAAAAAGUUCAGCUGCCAUUUAAUGA